CUCUACAGGGUGCCGCCUCCGCUGCCGCCGCGGCAGGGGUACGGGUUUCUCUGGCCGGCCAACUCAGCUGCCCUGGAGGAUUCGUGCAUGAUUGAUAAGGUACCUCUGAUGAAGCCAUGACAAGGUGGGCACGAGUUACGACCACACAGAACAGAAGACCCUUCCCUGCAACAUCAUGGGAGGACAUGAAGAAGGGAUCCCUUGAGGGGAAAAGCCAAAGCCCACCAAGGAGUAAACAACUUGAAGCCAAUAGGCUGUCUCUUAAAAAGGACUCACCUCAAGCAAAACACAAAAAGAAUAAAAAGAAAAAGGAGUAUUUAAAUGAAGAUGUGAAUGGAUUCAUGGAGUACCUAAGACAGAACUCACAGAUGGUUCACAAUGGGGAGGAGAUAGCAGACAGUCAGGAAGUAAGGCAAGAAAUUGCACUUGCUUUAAAGAAGGACAGUCGCCGGGAGGGCAGGCGAUUAAAACGACAAGCAGCAAAGAAAAAUGCAAUGGUAUGUUUCCAUUGCAGACAACCUGGCCAUGGGAUUGCAGAUUGCCCCGCUGCCCUUGAAAAUCAAGAAAUGGGCACUGGAAUAUGCUAUCGGUGUGGAUCCACAGAGCACGAAAUAAUCAAGUGCAAGGCUCAAGUAGACCCAGCUCUUGGUGAAUUUCCUUUUGCAAAAUGUUUCGUUUGUGGGGAAAUGGGACAUCUAUCCAGAUCUUGUCCUGAUAAUCCCAAAGGACUCUAUGCUGAUGGUGGUUGCUGCAGACUUUGUGGCUCUGUGGAACAUUUUAAGAAAGACUGGGAAAGUAAGAAUUCAGAUCAAAUGGUCACAGUUGGUCGCUGGGCAAAGGGAAUGAGUGCAGACUAUGAAGAAAUUUUGGAUGUGCCUAAACCACAGAAACCCAAAACAAAGCUACCUAAAGUUGUUAACUUUUGAUAAUGACUGGUACUGUUGUUAGCUGCCACUUCUUUGGUAAACAUUCUGAAUUGGGCUUACUUCACAAAUUGGAGCUAGACUCUCUCUUGGAGGCGGCUUGUAUUAUCGAUAUCAGUAUAAACUGGGUGGGUCAGGUUGUUCCCUGAGUUCUGUCCAUUGAGGAGUACUUCUCCCACUGUUUGGGGAAAAUCGCUGAAAAAAAGUAUAAAAUGUUCAAGUUGGAUUCUCUAAAAGUAUAUAUUUUUAACAGAUAAAACUUAGGUGUAACUAAGUGGUUAUAUACCUGAUUGUAACAAUCACCUUUUUCUUAAAAAUUAAAUUAUGCAUUAAUAUGAACCAUCCCUAAAUAUAGGGUAACUGCUUUGUACUUGGAAAUGAAUUUUUGCCGACAUAAUUUUCUUCAUUCAAAGUAUCAAUUUAUUAUUAUAUUAGAAUUUAUAAUUGCUAUAAAAUCUGUAUUUUAAAAAUAUUUAAUAAAAACGCGUUUGCUAUUUAUUUUUCUGAAUACCUAA